AUGGCUGUUGGCACGAUUGCCGCCAUGGCCAAUGGAUUCUCCAGCCCCCUCAUGAUCUUCAUCUCCGGAGAUCUUAUAAACGCCUUCGGAGUUGCUAAUAAGGACAAUGUGGUUCACUUGGUAUCCAAGGUAAUUAUCAAAUAUGUCUAUUUGGCUAUUGGGUCUGGAGUUGCUUCAUUUCUAGAGGUAUCAUGUUGGAUGGUUAUUGGAGAAAGGCAAGCAACAAGGAUUCGCGGUUUGUACUUGAAAACUAUACUAAGACAAGACAUAGCAUUCUUUGAUAAUGAAACAAAAACUGGAGAAGUGAUUGGAAGAAUGUCAAGGGACACAAUUCUCAUUCAAGAAGCUAUUGGUGAGAAGGUAGGAAAGUUCAUGCAGCUUGUGACCACAUUUUUUGGAGGCUUCAUAAUAGCAUUUAUAAGAGGAUGGCAUCUCUCACUUGUCUUGAUGUCUUUUGUUCCUCUUAUUGUAAUAUCUGGUGUUAUCAUUUCAAUAAUUACGUCGGCAAUGUCAACCAGGGAGCAAGAUGCAUAUGUUGAUGCAGGAAAUGUUGUUGAACAAACAAUUGGAGCAAUGAGAACAGUUGCUUCAUUUACUGGAGAGAAGCUAGCCAUUUCAAAGUACAACCAGUUUAUUAAAGUAGCAUACAAAUCUACAAUUCGUCAAUGGAUUAUUUCUGGCGUAGGAGGUGGUGUUGUAUGGUUAAUUGUCUUUAGCACCUACUCACUAGCAAUAUGGUAUGGUGGUAAGCUGAUUCUUCAAAAAGAAUACAAUGGCGGUACAGUUAUUAACAUCGUAAUGGCAGUUUUGACAAGUGGAAUGUCACUUGGUCAGGCAUUACCCUGUGUGACUGCAUUUGGUGAAGGGCAAGCUGCAGCAUAUAAAAUGUUUGAGACAAUUAAGAGAAAACCUGCAAUUGAUGCUUAUGAUACAAAUGGUAUGGUGUUGGAAGAUAUAAAGGGUGUUAUUGAUCUGAAAGAUGUAACUUUUAGCUACCCAUCAAGGCCAGACCAUCUUAUAUUUGAUGGGUUCUCACUGCAUGUACAUAGUGGCAAAACUAUGGCUCUAGUUGGGGAGAGUGGUAGUGGGAAAUCCACUGUGUUUAGUUUGUUAGAGAGGUUUUAUGAUCCACAGGGUGGUGAAGUCCUAAUUGAUGGUGUAAACCUGAAGAACUUGAAUCUCAAAUGGAUUAGAGAAAAGAUUGGACUUGUAAGCCAGGAGCCCAUUUUAUUUACAAUGACAAUCAGAGAAAAUAUUGCAUAUGGAAAGGAAGGCGCAACCCCUGAGGAAAUCAGGACAGCAGUUGAGCUUGCUAAUGCUGCAAAUUUCAUUGACAAUAUGCACAAUGGUCUGGACACCAUGGUUGGUGAGCAUGGAACACAGCUUUCUGGUGGGCAAAAACAGAGGAUUGCGAUUGCUAGAUCAAUCUUGAAAAACCCAAAAAUCUUGUUACUGGAUGAAGCUACUAGUGCGCUAGAUGCAGAAUCAGAGCGAAUAAUUCAAGAAGCAUUGGUCAAGGUCUUGAUAGAUCGAACCACCAUUAUUGUAGCUCACCGGCUGGGUACAGUGAAAAAUGCUGAUACAAUAGCAGUUGUUUACCGAGGAAAACUAGUAGAACAAGGUUCACAUGCAAAUUUGAUGAGCCAUCCUGAAGGAGCCUAUUCCCAGCUUAUUAGAUUGCAAGAAAAUCAAAAACAUGAUAAGGAAGAACCCUAUAAACAUUCACAAAAUAUGGUUUUAAGUAAUGAUACAGUAACACCCAUAGUCAGAUCAGAGAGCCAUAGAUCUACAAGGAGGUCAACAAGUAAAGGCUCCAAGUUAAUAUCUCAGAAUAACAAUAGAGAAGAUGAUUUUGAAAAACCUCUAGAAAAAGAUAACAAUGGGAUUCGCAAACAAGUCUCAAUCAAACGGCUGGCAUCUCUGAACAAGCCAGAGGCACCAAUUCUUGCACUGGCAUCUAUUAUAGGUGCCAUUAAUGGACUGACAAUGCCAAUGUUUGGGUUCUUGUUAUCAAGCGCCAUACAGACAUUCUAUGAACCUCCACAUGAGCUUCGGAAGCAUUCUAGUCUUUGGGCAUUAAGGUUUUUGGCCAUGGGAUUUCUAUGUUUGGUGGUAUCACCUGUGGUAAGCUUCCUCUUUGGCAUGGCUGGUGGAAAGCUGGUUGAGCGGAUCCGUUCUCUUUCAUUUGAGAGGGUGGUGUACCAAGAGAUUAGUUGGUUUGAUGAGCCCUCACAUUCCAGUGGGGCCAUAUGUGAGAGGUUGUCUGCUGAUGCUACAACAGUGAGUGAAAUUGUGGGAGAAAGCUUAUCACAAAUGGUUCAAAUCUUGUCUAUGGUGAUUGCUGGGCUUGUGAUAGCAAUGAUUGCUAACUGGAAGUUGGCAUUUAUAGUUAUAGCCUUGCUUCCUUUAAUCUGUUUACAAGGGUACGCUAAGAUGAAGUUUUCCCAGGGUUUCAGUGCAGAUGCAAAGUAUGAAGAAGCUAGUCAGGUGGCAAAUGAUGCAGUUGGAAACAUUAGAACCGUAGCAUCGUUUUGUGCUGAGACGAGAGUGAUAAAAGCGUAUCAGAAUAAAUGCGAAGGCCCCUUGAGAAAUGGAGUUCGGCAAGGGAUCAUUAGCGGGUUGGGGUUUGGCUUCUCAUUCGCAGUGUUAUACGUUGGUUACGCCAUUUGCUUCUAUGCUGGAGCUCGUUUCAUGCAUAAUGGGAGCGCCACCUUCGACCAAGUCUUCAAAGUGUUUUACGCGUUAACAAUGGCAGCUUCAGGUGUAUUACAAUCCAGCGCUUCCGGUACAAAAACCAACAAAGCUAAGGACUCAGCAGCUUCAAUCUUUGAGAUUCUUGACAACAAGUCCAAGAUUGACUCUAGCACCAAUGAGGGUGUCACAUUGGCAUAUGUGCGAGGUGACAUUGUGUUUCAGCAUGUUAGUUUUAAGUACCCAACUAGACCUGAAGUUCAAAUCUUCAAAGACCUUUGCUUGACUAUUUCCUUUGGAAAGACUGUUGCACUAGUUGGUGAGAGUGGCAGUGGGAAAUCUACAAUUAUUGCCAUGCUAGAGCGAUUCUAUGAUCCAGAUUCUGGCAUGAUCUUACUUGAUGGAGUUAAACUUCAAGACCUAAAGAUUAGUUGGUUAAGACAACAGAUGGGGUUGGUGAGCCAAGAACCAGUGCUAUUCAAUGACACAAUACGUGCAAACAUUGCCUACGGCAAGCAAGGACAAGUAUCUGAAGAGGAGAUUAUAGCGGUAGCUGAGACGGCCAAUGCACACAGGUUCGUGUCUGGAUUGCCUCAAGGGUAUGACACCAAUGUUGGCGAGAGAGGAGCUCAGUUGUCUGGUGGUCAGAAACAAAGGAUUGCUAUAGCAAGAGCCAUUAUUAAGGACCCCAAGAUCUUAUUGCUCGAUGAGGCAACUAGUGCUUUAGAUGCCGAGUCUGAGCAUGUGGUUCAAGAAGCAUUGCAGAGAGUCAUGGUUGGGAGGACUUGUAUUGUGGUGGCUCACCGGUUGUCAACAAUUAAGGGAGCUGAUGUCAUUGCGGUCAUUAAAAAUGGAGUGAUUGUUGAACAAGGGAAGCAUGAGGAGCUUAUAGAGUUGUGUAAUGGAGCUUAUGCAUCCCUAGUGGCAUUACAUUCCACCUCCUCCUCUUAAACUUUGUCUGAAGCUAAUGCA